GCAGAUGGUCAUGUGAACACAUCUGUCUGUUUUAGAGACACGUGUCACGAGCUGCUUGGACACGUCCCUCUUUUCGCCGAGCCCAGCUUUGCUCAGUUCAGUCAGGAGAUUGGUCUCGCGUCACUGGGAGCGUCGGAUGACUCUGUACAGAAACUCGCCACUUGUUAUUUCUUCACUGUGGAGUUUGGCCUCUGUAAGCAGGAAGGGAAACUGAGAGCUUAUGGGGCCGGUCUGCUGUCCUCCAUCAGUGAACUGAAGCAUGCACUGUCAGGAAAUGCCAGGAUCUUGCCCUUUGACCCCAAUGUGACAUGCAAACAGGAGUGUAUCAUCACCACCUUUCAGGACGUCUACUUUGUUUCGGACACCUUUGAGGAAGCAAAAGUCAAAAUGAGAGAGUUUGCAAAGACCAUCAAGAGGCCAUUCUCAGUGCGCUACAACCCGUACACACAGAGCGUAGACGUUCUGAAGGACACAAUCAGCAUCAACAACGUGGUAGAAGAACUAAGACAUGAGUUGGACAUCAUUGGAGAUGCACUAAGCAGGCUAAACAAACAAUUAGGAGUCUGAAAAGCUAAAAAAUGUCACAGCAAAUCAUCAAUGUACUUCAUCUGCCAGUGCACUUGUUUUGUCACAGUACUUCACUCUCCAAAUCAUGUGUGGCAUCAAUACCAUAUGUUAUGCUGUAUG